UAUUUUUAGUGAUUAAUGGCUUAAUUGAUUAAUUUCCCCUUUAGCUUCAACACAGUCGUAGGAAUGUGUGUGGAUUUAGUGGUUUGCAAGUGGGUGUGUGUAUGGUUUUGUGUGUGUGCGUGUGUAGUCUGUGUGGGGAGAGUGUAGCAGGAGAUCCCAAAUAAAGAUAAAAACUAGACAGUGAGUGGGGGAAAAACAAACAACUAUAGCAGACCUACUGAUACACACACUGAAUCUGUGAAUGUGGGAUUGGAUGCUGCACAGAGAGAAAAAAAAGAGAGAGUGAGAGCAAGGGAGAGAAGACGCACAACUCCCACCCUCCCUCAGCCCUCCAUCACUCCCUCCCUCUCAUCCUCCCUCCAACAUCAGCCCAUGCAGUCACACUUGGACUCCACUCCCACACGCUCACUAUGAACGCGUAGCGCUUGCGUCGCCGUUCUCCUUUACGCACACGCAGCACUGUGUGCGUGUGAGUGCGCGUGUAUGUGUGUGCAUCCGAGUGUGUGUGCGUGUGUGUGUAUAUGUGAACGGAGCAGAGCGGAGGAAUGGACUCCAGGCUGCUGAUCGGACCCGGCUUGCCCACGCCGGACCGGGCAACUCCGUGGAACAUGAGCUCCAUCAGUCCGCCGCACCGGCUUAUGGAGCUGCUCCCGGUCGCCACAGCUGGUGCCGUGGCACCGAGCCACCCCUUUCCAACGGUGGACGUCCCGGAUCAUGCCCACUACACCAUCGGGGUGGUCAUCCUCGCCGUGGGCAUCACGGGCAUUCUGGGAAACUUUCUGGUCAUAUAUGCUUUCUGCAGAAGCCGCAGUCUGCGGACGCCGUCCAACAUCUUCAUCAUCAACUUGGCCGUCACUGAUUUCUUCAUGUGUGCGACGCAAGCGCCCGUCUUCUUCAUCACCAGCAUGCACAAGCGGUGGAUCUUCGGCAAGAGAGGCUGCGAGUUGUACGCCUUCUGCGGCGCCCUCUUCGGCAUCUGCAGCAUGAUGACGCUGAUGGUGAUCGCGGUGGACCGCUACGUGGUGAUCACGCGGCCGCUGGCCUCGCUGGGGGCCAUGUCUCGCAGGAAAGCGCUGAGCAUCGUGGCGGUGGCCUGGCUGUACUCCGCGGGCUGGAGCUUGCCGCCUUUCUUCGGCUGGAGCGCUUACGUCCCGGAAGGUCUCAUGACGUCCUGCUCGUGGGACUACAUGACGUUCACGCCCACCGUGCGCUCCUACACCAUGCUCCUCUUCACCUUCGUCUUCUUCAUCCCGCUCUUCGUCAUCAUCUUCUGCUACUGCUGCAUCUUCAGAGCCAUCCGACACACCACCCAGGCCUUUGAGAAGAUCAACUGCGCGGGCACCAGGGAGUCGGCCAAGAGGUUCCACAAGAUGAAGAGCGAGUGGAAGAUGGCCAAGAUCGCGCUCAUUGUCAUCCUGCUCUUCAUCAUCUCCUGGGCGCCCUACUCCUGCGCCGCGCUCACCGCCUUCGCCGGGUAUGCACACCUGCUGACCCCCUACAUGAACUCUGUCCCGGCAGUGAUCGCCAAAGCGUCAGCCAUCCACAAUCCCAUCAUCUACGCAAUCACGCAUCCCAAGUACAGGUCCGCCAUCAGCCGCUACGUGCCCUACCUGGGGGCGCUGCUGUGCGUGCGGGUGCGCAAGCGCUUGAGCAGCAGCAGCUUCCAGUCCACCCGCCGCUCGACCCUCACCAGCCAAUCGGAGAGCCACCGCCACUGCAAGCGCCCCCGCUCCUCGCAGUCGGACAGCGACUCGGCCCGCUUCUCCGACAUGGACGACGACAGCUCCUUCCGAGCGCCCGUCAACCAACAGUUGCCCUGCGAUGUCAAACAUGCGCGUCGUUCCAGCCAGAGGUUAAAGGCCGAGGACAUCUCCAUGUCGGACCUCGGUCACCUCCCUGCCAGUCUCUUUCGGGCAGCGCCCGAGUUUGUCCCGCGCAUCGCGAGCAGGACGCCGCCGACGCCCGCCAUCAUCGUCACGUCCAUAUCCAGCCCGUCCGUACUGCACAGCCCCCCUGGUUUCCACGGCAACCACAGCAAAAGCUUCAGCCCCGUCGCCAAGGCGUCGCUCGACAUCGCCCGACUGGACACGCCCGUGGCCACGCCCACGCCGUGAGCGCCGUCACACCGACAGACACGUGUGUAAAUGUGGAUGUCUUCUUCGGAGGCAAAUUUUUUUUUUAAAUAGCAGCACGCUAUCUGCUAACAAUGCUAAUUUAAAGCCCUACCACGCAGUGGUGGGCUAAAAACUAGGCCCCAACUUUCGUUUGUUCUUCCCGGGCGUCAUCCAGCACAUCGCGAAAUGCGUAGACGGACGGCAGUUUUAAUGUUGUGGACACACACUGCAGACACAAGAAGGUUUUUUUUCCACAAUAGAAAUAAAGAGAACAACUCGCUACGCGCUUUUCUGGCUGCGUGGAUUCUUCUUAAGUCUGUCAUUUUGGCACAUUCUUGCCAGGAAUUUUUUGAAAAACAUACUAUUAUAACAAAUGCAUUCAUCGUACAUUGUUCACCUUAUUUCAAGGUAUCAGAUACUCACGAAGGCUAAAAAAAAAAUUGACAUGGAAUAAAUCCUCCUCACCAGUAGUUGGCGCUACACUGCGGCGGGUUGACACAUUAGCGAAUCAUUGUGUGUGUUAGAAGGAAAGAAAUGUCUCUGUUCACAAUUAUCUUUCAGUAUGUUCAUUGACAUUGUAUCAAAUGUAUCAAAAGAACUACUGCUGUCGGUACUCGGUAUCAGCUGAGUACUUAAGAGUGAACUGGUGUACUGGUCUGAAAAAAGUGAUGUCUAACAUCCCUAGUUGUAUAUUUAAUCAUUUGUUUUUAUUUGUUUAUAUGCCGGUCCAUCAAGAUGUAUCGUAUCUUAAAGUAACACUGUGGAUUUUUACUUACUUACUUUUAUUGGCUUUAUUUCAUACAGAAUUUUUAUUUGUUUUUAAAUGUUUUUGUUCCAAGUGUAUUGUAGCAGCAGCUACAACAAUGUUGUUGUCGUUGUUGUUGUUACACUGUGGACUAAGGUUUUGGGACACCUGGUGGUCUAUUAGGGGAGGGCAAACUUUUGGGCUCAAGGGCAAAAUUUGAAGAAAGUAAAAAAGUAAAAGUAAAUAAUGUGAUAUAGUUUAAUUCCAUAAUAAAAUGAUUAAAUUAAGUUUAAAUUUAUUUUUUAUGUUAUGACUUAGAAUUAAGUUAAUUAUGAUGAAUUAACCAAUUAUUCAGGAUUAGUCUACUGUCAUUGCAGUGUACAGUGCAAAUGUUGUUGUUUUUUCAAAUUAUAUAAUUGAAAAAUAAAUCAUCAAAUAUACACAGUUUAAAUUAAAUUAAAUAAAUUGUGUAAAUUUAUUUAAAAAAAUUUUUGUUCCUUACAAUGUAUCAGCAAAUUAUUUUUAGACGUAUACAUGAAAAAAGGUGACUAAAGACCCAAAAAUAACUAAAGUAAUGUAGCAAAUAAAAAGUUUAUUUUAAUAAUAAAAUAAGAAACCAUAACAUUUUUUAUAUUACUUGUAUAUGUAUUUAUGUUCGACCCAAUUAUUUUGUUAAAAAUAUAUAUGUGCAGUAUAUGUAAAUUUGUUUAUUUAAUUCAUGCUUUAUUUGAAUAAAAACAUAUUAAUUAACCAAUUAUUUAAUGAAUGAAAAUAUAACACAUAAAUUAAUGCAACAAAUACAAUAAUUUAUUGUCCCAAUGAAAUACUAGUUCAUGCUCAUUUUUGUAUUAUUUAUAAUAAUUUCAAUUAUAAUUAUCCAAUUAUUACAUUUAAAAAAAAACAUUUUUCUUUGAUUUUACAAAUCUAUCAAUCUACCAGUUAUUUACUGAGAUAAAUGAAUUU